CUUGAUUUGAGUUUAAUUGCCAAUUCGUGUAGAUUUAUGUGAAAGCUGCACUAUUUUUUAUUCGGAUAUCUAGCACAAGUUCACUGAGUUGUUCGGAGUGCUUUGGUCGGCCAUAUUGGAUUUGAUGGAAUAAUCAAGAGGAGUUGAACUGGCAACACUUUCGCAACCCUAGUCUGACUAUCGUUGUUUUGCUGAUCUGUAGCAUGCAACAACUACAUACCUGUGCAGGCUUAAGGCAUGGCUGACAGGCGAAAGCUACAAGCUGAAAUUGAGAGAUGUCUCAAAAAAGUAGACGAAGGUGUCGAAACCUUCGAGGACAUUUGGAAGAAGGUUCAAACUGCUACAAAUAGUAAUCAAAAGGAGAAAUUUGAAACUGAUCUGAAAAAAGAAAUUAAAAAGCUUCAGAGGCUUCGAGAUCAGAUCAAAUCAUGGAUCGCAAACAGUGACAUCAAGGACAAAACCUCACUCUUAGAUCACCGCAAAUUAAUCGAGAUGCAAAUGGAACGUUUCAAGGUGGUGGAAAGGGAAACAAAAACAAAGGCAUACUCAAAGGAUGGUCUGGGGGCAGCUGCAAAGUUGGACCCUCAAAUGAAGGAGAAAGCAGACACCACCCAGUGGUUAUCGUCAGUCAUAGAUAACCUCCAGUUGCAGCUUGAUCAGUUUGAGAGUGAGCUUGAGUCAAGGUCUGGUUCCAAUAAGAAAAAAGGAAAGGAUCCCAAAUGUGAGGAGUUGAAGCAGCACCAGGAGAGACACAAGUAUCACAUAGAAAUGUUAGAGCAAAUUAUGAGGCGUGUUGACAACGACAAGGUAGCUGUUGAUAAGAUCAAAGAACUCCGCGAUGAUAUAGAGUAUUAUGUGGAAUCGUGUCAAGACCCCAGUUUUCAGGAGAAUUUAUACAUGUAUGAUGAUUUAGAUCUGGGAGAUAUUGGUAUUUCAGAAACGACAGCACUGGCGUCAUCACCUCCUGAGGGUGAAGACUUUUUGGACAAAAUUGGGAGCACGCCUUCCUCUACUAACUCAAGUUCUCCGUCACCUAGUCCCAGUGUAAAUGCCAAUCAUUCCAGUGAAAAACAUGAAGAAAUUGAUCGGAAGCGACAUAAAUCUCAGUCAGAAGAGAAAAAAGGUGCUUCUCCAGCACCAUCAGGCACCUCUAACAACAAGACUCAGUCAUCUUUGGGGAGACAACAUUCACAAAACAGCAACAGCCAAGCACAAAACUCUGACAGCAACUCUGUGAAUAGUAAUCAUCACUCAUCGACAACAGUGUCCCCUCUGACAGCGUACGCUGCAGCAGCAGGUGGGCAACAUAACAGCUCAUCGGACUCAUCAAGACCUCAUGUGAAUUCAAUUGACCAUGCCGCGUCGGGAAGCCUGUCGAGUAGUGUUGGCCUGUCCAGCACUACAAACACGAACUCUGUCUCUCUGACUUCCUCGGGAAAUCCCAGCGUGCCGUCGGAGCCAUCACCACAGACCCUGGCUGUGGCAGCUACGCCGGCGCUCAGUUCCGUCAACUCGUCAGCUUCGUCAGGCAUCACUUCCUCUCAGGUCCUCAACAGCCGGACGGACGUACCGCCAGUCAUGAAUGGCCCGCUCAGUGCUGGUGGUCCUUCCAAGAAUGACCAGAUGUCUCUUCGAACAAUGGCACAGCAAGUCAUAGCAAAUGCUGAACUUGAAAAGAUUAUGCCUUCAUCUCAUGCUCCUGUUGAUUCUUUGACCAGUCCUGAUGCCUUAACUGGCAUGUCAUGUCACUCUUCAAGGCUGUCUUUUAUGGCAAAGCAGUGUUCAUGUGUACAGAAAGGCUUGUCUGUUGAUUUGAAAGAUGCAUACAAUAAUUCAUCUCCUGCACCCUCAAGCCAGACGCCCACUGUGCCGUCAUCGUCAGAGCCGUGUUCAGUUACUCUCACAGAUGCCCAGCUGGCAUCACAGUUGCCGCAACAGCAAAUGCCUCAGGCUCCUCAGACAAACACAAUCCACUUAAACCCUUUGUUAGGGAUGGCUCCCCUGGGGCCCAUCCAGCUCACGAAAGACCAACACUACCAGUUGUCCAAUUUGGAAGCAGCGUACCACCACCUUCCGCACCCCUCGGACUCCGAAAGAAUGAGACACUUCUUGCCGCGCAAUCCAUGUCCAACACCUACGUAUUACCCGUCAGCUACAUUUCCUCAUGCAGAUACUGUUGAGUUAUAUCAGCGGUGUAGUACGGAGACACUCUUCUUCAUAUUCUACUAUAUGGAGGGAACAAAGGCUCAAUACUUGGCAGCAAAAGCAUUGAAGAAACAAUCGUGGAGGUUUCACACCAAGUACAUGAUGUGGUUUCAGAGACAUGAAGAGCCAAAGCAAAUCACGGAAGAGUAUGAGCAGGGCACAUACAUCUACUUUGACUAUGAGAAGUGGGGCCAAAAGAAAAAAGAGGGUUUUACAUUUGAGUACAGAUAUUUGGAAGACAGAGACUUAAACUAGUUGAGUGUGCCACGGCAAAAAGAGACCAUGACCCUUUUUGUCUGCAGUUUUUCGUCUCAUAUCAGAGCUUGUGAUAGAAACGAGCCAUUUUGAUUCCAAGGACAUCACAUGAGAGAGCUGAAGAGUAGCUGCUGGAGCGAGGACUUGUUUCAUCCUCAGUGUUCACUUUCUGCACAGCAUUUUUGGGAGGGAAGUUCGACCCACACUUGAUGGAUCUCAGUGCGUUUGUGGGAUAGUGAGCGUGUGUUGCGCUUGAGAGUGGGUGCCUAAAGCCUGUCUCUCUUCCGCCUGUGGAAGUUGUAGCCUGCCGGAGCCUUGUUCACCAAAGACAAAACACAGUGGCAUGCGCAAGCACAAGAAUGGAGAACUUGACCUGCCUUUGCUCUGCAGAUGUUUUUAUAAUGGGGCCGUCCAAGAACAAAUGCUUCACACGUUGUGGUGUAUAUAGAAGAAUGAUGAGAAUGAUUCAGCAACCAAAAACUACACUCCUUCUGACUCGUACUCAUAGCUUGUUAUCGAGGUUUACUUCUGUUGUUUUGUUUGGAUAGGAAAUGUGGUAUGGGACAUGGGUAAGUUGGGGCGUUUUUAGGGUGGGGGGGGUGCCUUCCUUUUUAUUGUGAUUUGAUAAGGGGAGAAUAUGUGUUGUUUCCAUUGGUUGCUUCCUUGUAAGUGAAGAAAUGAUAGUGUAAGAUGAGGUCUUCAGAAAUCUGGCAGUACUCUUCUCAAGUAGUGACCCUCUCUUUUUGACAGGGGUAAGGGAAGAUGUGCUUGUUUAUGAACUGGGACCUCCUCUGUUGUGGCUGUGCAAUCGUUUAACCACUACCAAGAUUCGUAGCUGUGAUCUGGCAUAUUUUUAACCCCUUUGCAAUAUAAAUGCGACGUCUUAAUUUGCCAUUGCCCCGUUAUUUCCGUUUGGGUGUGGGUUUGGGGUUUGUUUUGUUUUUUAAGCUAACUGCACUUCUCUCUGAGGGAGCAUGGGAUUGUUAUGCCUUUUGGCAUCUCUAGAAUUUUUGCCCAUUGUUUCCAAUAACAUUAGGCAGAUAUGUUUUUGUUCUAAUGAAAGAUUUGAAAAUUAAAGAAAGUGAAAGUUC